AUUUAGAUCGACAAGGAAAAAAAAUUAAAAAAUUCAAUAAGAAUUUGCCUGGCCACGAAUGGUAUAAUCUUUUUAUUAAGCGACACUCUUCUUUACUAAAACCUAGGCUAGCUGAAAAUAUUAAAAGAUCUAGAGCAGCUGUAUCAAGAACAGUCAUAAAUGCAUAUUUUGAUAAUUUAGCAGUAACUCUGGAAAACAUUCCACCACAAAACAUUGUUAAUUAUGACGAGACAAAUUUCAUUGACGAUCCUGGUAGAACAAAAGUUCUGAUUCGUAAAAAUGCAAAACAUGCUGAUUCAAUAAUGGAUUCAUCAAAAUCUGCAACAUCUGUCAUGUUUUGUGUAGAUGCAUCUGGAGGCAUGUUACCGCCAUAUGUAGUUUAUAAGUCCCUACAGAUGUGGGAGCCAUGGACACUAGGUGGACCAGAUGGAUGCCGUUACAAUAGAUCACCUUCCGGCUGGUUUGACCAAUCGAUUUUUGAAGAUUGGUUCCAAACUAUCAUCAUUCCUCACUUUCGUCGAUUAGAGGGUACAAAGGUCGUUAUAGGUGAUAAUCUAGCAAGUCACAUUUCUGUGAAUAUAGUCAAGUUAUGUAAACAACAAAACAUUAAAUUUGUAUUUCUGCCAGCCAACAGCACACAUUUAACCCAACCACUUGAUGUUUCUUGUUUUCGCCCCAUGAAAAUAGCUUGGAGGAAGGUGCUAAAAGAACAUAAAUUAAAAAAAAGAGGCCCGCUUACCAAAGAUAUUUUUCCUAAAAUACUAAAAAGUACUAUUGAAAGACUCAAUAUAUCACAAAAAGACAACAUAAAAUCUGGAUUUGAAGCCACAGGUAUAUUACCCAUUAGACCGUCAAAAAGUAUUAAACAAGCUUCCAGAUAA